CAGAUGAAGCCAGAUACCACAGCUCAUCUCCAUACGACAUGUAUACGUGACACGGGGGACAUAUGAUACAUCGUCUGCCCUGUUUGUCAGCGGUUAAACCACACGGGCACAUCAUGGCUUCAACCGACUCUUCGGUCUUAUUCCUCCUGUUUUGUUUUCUGUUUCCCUAUGAAAGUUUUCAGGUUACACCAGUAAGUACAAACUUAACGACGGUGGACUGGGACCCCCAGCCGAUCCAGGACAACUACUUAGCGACCAGCUACACUCCCGCCUGGGUCCCUGAUAUGAAGAAAAAACUCGUCAACUACAAUCGAAACCUUCGACCUGGAUUCGGAGGACCACCACUUCUGGUAAGGAUGAGUAUGGACGUGGUGAGCAUUGACCACAUCUCAGAAGUUGACCUCGAUUUUACCAUCUGUAUCCUCCUGCGGCAAUACUGGAAGGACGAGCGUCUGGCAUUUACGGGGACCAACGAGAGCAUCAGUCUGGACGGCCGUCUGGUGGAGUACCUCUGGGUUCCUGAUACCUUCUUCCCAAACUCCAAAUUCUCAUUUCUUCACAACGUCACCAUGGCAAACAGGUUACUUCGUCUGUGGCCAGACGGAUCAAUUGUGUAUGGUCAAAGGGUGACAGUUAUUGCCGAAUGUAACAUGGACCUGAGAAAGUAUCCUCUGGACAAACAGAAUUGUAGCCUACACAUUGAGAGCUAUGGCUACACUACUGACGACAUGAUCUUCAAGUGGCUGAAAGGAGACGACUCUGUUCGGGGCUUGCAGAACCUCCAGGUUGCACAGUUCACCGUGAAGAACCACCGGACAAAAGAAAUGAUUGCAACCUACGAGACAGGCGGUUACCCACACGUGGCCUUCAGUUUCCGUCUGACCAGGGAAGUGGCCUACAUCUUCCUCCAAAUGUACGUCCCCUCCACCCUCCUGGUCAUGAUCUCAUGGGUCAGCUUCUGGAUCAACAAAGACUCGCCACCGGCCAGGGUCUCACUCGGUAUCACCACGGUUCUUGCACAGACCACCUUUGUGACGUCCGCACGCGCUUCGCUGCCGAAGAUUUCGUACAUCAAGGCCGUCGACGUCUAUCUUCUGAUGUGCUUCUUCUUUGUCUUCGGUGCCCUUUUAGAAUACGCCGUCGUCAGCUUCGAGUCUACACGUAGGAAACGCAAAGCUGCUAAAAGAGAGAAAGAGAUUCAGACUCAGCGGGAGAGGGAGAUAGCUCAGCGAGCCGCCCCCAAAAUAGACAGGUCACAUUGUCAGGCUUCACUGGGAAACUACACCCUUAUCAUCAACCACGCCAUCAUGAACAAGACUGCCAUGGACCGCCUCAUGGCGCCCGGUACCAGGUACAUCGGCAUCGUGCGUCACCCGCUGGAACAUUUCCGUUCCAUGUUCUUCCUAUGGGACCCACCCGCACCAGAAAAGGAAAAUCCGCUAGGCGAGUACUUGGACCGCAAUGUGAACUACAACUUGGAGAGGGAUAGAAUGAUAAGACGCUGGAGGCUUGUCCCAAAACUGAAGAACUUUCAAGCAUACACCUUGGGCUUCCACAGACAGAUGGUCGUGAGCAGUAAUAAAACCCAGAUAGAUGAGAUGAUCAGGUGA